UGUUACGACACAAACAGGCUUGGCGCUUACUACAGAGAAAAAACUAUUGGCACAGAGCAAGACAUCACCGUGGAAAAGAUAUUCAUUCACCCUAAAUACCACAUCCCCAACCUUUUCUCCAAUGACCUGGCUUUGCUGAAGUUAACACAAACUGCUAGCCUGUCUCAUGGAACUGGUUUAGUCUGCCUACCAAACAAGCUGUUGCCGUUGCCUGUGGGCGAAUCAUGCUGGGUUACCGGGUGGGGCUACACCGACAUAGCUGCAGGGACCCUACCCGAAAAACUCAAACAAGGCCAGAUUCCCUUGGUUCCGAGGGCCAAAUGCGCCGCUGAUCACCCUACAAGGACAAUUGACGAGUCUAUGCUGUGUGCUGGCUCUAAUAUCACUGGUAUCAGCGGAUGUCAGGGUGAUAAUGGUGGGCCUCUUGUGAGAAACGUCCAUGGAAAAUGGUACCUUGAAGGAGUGUUUAGCUGGAGAGCUGAUUGCAACCCCUUGAAAAGGUACAAGCAUCAAAUGUACUCUAAUGUAAGGUACAUGAGAGAGUGGAUAGACAAUACAAUAGCAGAUAAUCAAUACGCAUAGACGGAGCCUGUGAAAUGUAACCCCUCUUGUAAAACUAGCAAUUCUCCACGAAAUAAUUUUUAUAAUUGCUAAACUUAAAUUUAAAUGCGUAGACUAAAGGAACUUUAAAAUAGCA